CACCACCUUAUUCUCCAUUUUCACAAAUAAGUUUUUUUUUGGCCACGGCGUCCACUCCCCAUCAAAAUUGUGAGUAUCGAGCUAGCUAUACAAGCCAAAGAUAUCAUAGAGUAGUCCAAAGGUAAUGUUGAGCUUACUUAUAGUUGUAGUCUAUAGUUAGAUAUGGGGUAAUUUAAACUUGAUGUAUAAUUAUAUCGAGUAGGUCCAGUAGUUGGUAGUAUCUUGUCAAAUUUGCCUAGCAUCUCUAUAAUUACUAGAGCACUGAAGUGCAAUAAAUAAAUCUAUAAAAACCAGCGGAGUAAAGAAGCAACAACGUACUUUUAAUAGAGACCGAUAAAGGCCGGCUCACUUCAGCUGCAAAUAAUAGAUCUACAAUGUACCUCAAAUAAAGGUCAUGUCUAGGCAACGCAAGUUCAAGCUUCUUAGCUUCUUAGCUUUUGCUCGCUUUUAUACGACAACGAAGCUUUAACAUCGAAAUCUGCGACUUUUAAAACUAAUAACUUGUUGUGUGAAGGCUAUCCAUGCUGUAAAUGCAGCGCUAUGGCAUCCAGGUGAGUAGACUCAAAAUACACUAACAAACAAACCAACGGACUACUAUACCCGCUGGCCGCGGCACGGCCUCAGGUAAUAAUACGUAUUUUGUACAAGGAGUUGAUCGAAGCACACAAAAGAACAUAAUAAUUAUAAUUAUGCUGCUACUAAAGAGUGGUCAAUCACACUAUACACAACAGCACUGGUAUAGUAAUGUUAAGGCGCUACAUGUAAAUGAAAGAUUCUGAAGAGACUGCAACAGCCUUCAAUGUGAGUCAAACUAGCCAUAACUCGAGAAAGAAACUUUAGUUUGCUAAUCCAUGAAUCAAAAUCCAAGAGAACGUGGCUAGAAGCCUAUAGAAGCUGUUAGUUUUCGUCGCAUUGCAACCGUUGAGCAGUUACAGCUGGAACAGACACACACACACACACACAGUCAGCUUUACCGUAUCCCUCGUGCGGCUACGCCUCGAGGCAUAACAACAAUGUGUUUCUAAUAAUUUUGUCUGUCUCUAUAAUUAUACUCACUUACCAGCAGAGAUGAAUUAUACGAUAUCUCAUUCGAUAUCUCAUUCUUGGAAAUGGAGGCAAUAAAUUAAAGACUUCAGUCAAGUUGGAGGUUGUGAAGAGUUCUUUUGUUGUGAUGAGGUGUGUUGAAUCCUCCUUUAUAGGUACCAAGUGAUAAUUAUAUUCACUUAUAAAUUAUUAUGCAUAGCUUCAGCUUCAUGCUUUGGACGAGUAAUUGGAUCAUCACGUGUUUUAUCCUAAUAACCCUUUCUCAGGAAAUAUUAAAUUCAUUUCUAGCAGGUUUAAGAAAGUAGACUACGCUAACUAUUUUAUGAAUAGCAAGACUUAAUUUAGCUAUUAUACAUUUAGCGCUAUAGCUGAUCGUGAAUCUACAAGGACCACAGCCGAUAUCAGACGACAAGCUAGUAAUGAAUUUUAUAACCCAUAGUUAGAGUCAAACUAUUUUUAUUGUAGCUCUUGUAGAUGGAGUUGGUGGCAGCUAUAGCAAGUCAGACAACUGCCUUGUGCAUUGUAGUUGGGCUAUUUCUUACAAUCACAGUUAUUGAAGCCCAAAAGUUUACAAUUGAGCCCGAGUCAGUGAUACAAGCCGAGGGAUUAUUGGCAAAGUUUGAGUGCCUGUCUCCUGGAGCAUCAGGUUAUCCUUGGUUCGUGGACGGCACACCGUCUGUAAGCCCUGACUUUUCAUCUGAAAUCAAAGUAGCUGGAGGUACUUCAGGUCGUCCCUCAGUGCUGACCAUCCCAGCUAGCUCACAGUUCAACAACAGUGUCAUUCAGUGUGCAGCAUUUUCACUGAGUGGUGCAGUGUUGUUCUCAAGGAUUGCAAUAUUGACAGUUGAGCGUGUAAUUCUUGUGGUGUUGAAUGGUGAAACCAAAAUUACUGUCUCCGUAAUGAAUAAUUUCACUAUGAAUAACCUCGCCUAUCGUGUGGACAUCUCCCUGGUGCCUCUGGUCACCAAUGAGAUGGUUGCACUUCCUCCUCUAAAUGGGAUUCAAAAUCAAGUGCAGUUUAAUUAUCAACAACUUAAGAACCACACUGUCUGUGAUACAUUCACCUUCACUGUGACUCCGAUUACUUCUGAGUCAGGAAUGGAAGGAAAUCAGAGUGAACCAGUCACUGGGUUCUUUACACAAGUAACAGAUAGUAAUGUCAUUCCUCUCAUCAGUCAGGGAGGUAAUGUGUUGAAGAAAAUAGUACAUCUCGGUGGUAUGGUACCAAACUGUACCAACUUCACCUCUUACCAAGUUACCACUGACAUAUUGAUAAUCAACAUCUCUGUGACGCUUACUUCGAUCACGGGUGUGCGCCUCAUAUUCAAGGACAUGCUAAUCAGAACAACUGAUGUUCAAAACUUGAUUGUGCACGUUUGCCCUCAAGAAAACUGUGCGAGUAUUGAAUAUGUUGAAAGUACCCUCUCUCCCGGAGCUCUUCUCUGUGUGAUACGUAUCAUUGAUGGAGAGUUGGAUUUUCAAAGCACAAGGCUAGUGCCAAUUCGACGGCACAUGAGUGACAAUUUUACCAUCCCGGUGGCUGUUAGUGGAAAGUACAGUGUGGUUGCAUUUGACCUUGAGAACAACAAUAUGAGUGUACCAAGAAUGCCCAUUUCUAUAGUGGCCGACGAUGAAACUACGGUUUUGAGCAAUGAAUCUUCCACUGAACCAAGUUCUCCACCUAAUUCUGAGGGCAUCACUGUCACUAAACUAUCAAAUGGAAGUGCUGAAGUAACCUGCACUACCUCUGGCCAGAGUUGUCUAGCAUUGUUUCAAUCUAAAACCUCUCUUGAUUUGAUGGUGGUGGUUGGUUUUAUUGAACCACCUAAUGACAGAACUGUUGUCUCUCUUGAUGCCACUUCUGAUGUUUAUGUGGUAGUGUACACUUGGAACAGUGAUUCUGGUGAGACCAUCUUUGAUGGGAAGGUAUCCUUCAUUGAUCAAUUGGAGCUACGAACCAGUCCUCCCCGUACACAAUCACCUCCUGACAGUACGGAAUCUCCAUCAUUGUCUUCACCUCAACCUCCACCGCCCAUAGUAAUAAUAAUAGUCAUUGUUGUUACUCUGAUUCUGGUCAUUGCGAUAAUUGUCAUCGUUAUUGUUAUUCUGUAUCGAGUGAAGAAAGGCAAACGAGGCAACAAGGUGUUGCAUUCCAGCUACAUUCAUGAAUUAGAUGAAGUGAUCCCGUACCAGGAACAAUGGAAAAGGUUCACUACAAUAGAAAGCUAGAAUUGUGACUGGAUGUUGUCUCUGUAAUACCAUAUUACUAGAAUAUUUUGCAGGUGAAAAACCUUUGCGAAUGAGCCAAAUCAGCAGAAAAUUUGACCCUUUGCGAUCUAACUAUUGCGUUCUGGCAAGGAUCGUGUGUAUUUACUAGUAAUAAAAUAGGUUUUGCGGAUUUUAUUGUUGCGACAAUAUUGAUCAACCCUCGCAAAAUUCGCAAAUGUUUGAUUCUCGCAAAACAUUCUAGUAAUACGGUAGCUGACUGAGACUCUGGAAUCCUACUCCAGGAGCCAUACUUCUCUGAGACUCCAGGCUUCUUUACUGUGAUCCUAGUCCACGGUGCAUAUAUCUAUGUACCAUAAAACUCUGUUCUCAAAUGUUUCAGCAUGUCUCGCUCUGGUUUAGUUCUGAGUUGCUGGGCUAGACAGCUCAGUAACUACCUAGUUCUUAACUUCUGGUUUCUUUGUAAUCAUGUCACCAGCCGAGGGUUUGCACUUUAGUGCUCUAGUUUGCUGGUGAAUAACCUUUACAAAUGAGCCAAAUCAGGAAAAAUUGACCCUAUUGUGCUCUGGCAAGGAUUAUGUGUAUUAAUUUACCAUACUAAUUUUAGGUGUGCGAUUUUAUUGAUAAACCCUUGCAAAGUUUUUCAUGUUUGAUGCUCAAAAAACAUUCUAUAGUAACAGUAUACGGUACAUACAUGUAUCACUUGAACUAUUUUACCGGCUGGCUAUAUAAUUUGUGUGUCUUUAGAUAUAAUCAAGGGCGUAUGAAGAGAAGAGGGCAUGCAACUACAAUCUAUCAAAUGGGCGGAGGUUUAUGUCUAAAGAAUGUAUUGCAUGUGCACUUUAUACUCUGGCUAGCCUUUAUUCCCUAGUGGACGGUUGGCUAAAUCAUGACUAAAUAUAGUAUAUCCUGCUGACUCAUCAAUAAUAUGACGCAUACACAGUAUACAUUGUGAGUUGCAUGCCCUCUUCUCUUCAUACGCCCUUGGUAUAAUUAUGACUGAGCAGUAAUUACCAUGAAUUCACAAUGGUACAAAUACUACUCAGGGGUGAUAGGUACGUUGUAAACUUGUGUUAUCUGUUAGCUACUAUAUAGUGUGAAUACUCUGAAACAAACUUAUUUGUGGGACAGUAUACAGUGGAGCCCCUGAAUGAUAACCUCUAUAACCUGUUCAAUUCUUCAUGCAGACAUUUUGGCAAAGGUGUCAAGUAGUAUAAAAUUAUGUGCACUACUAUAAUUAUGUCACUGUGGGAGUAAAUUUUAGGGAUAGUGCUUACUUUAUAGUAGUUUGUUUGAAGUACAUACAUUUAUAUGUGUCACUGUAUACGUGUCAGCUAAUUCCCCAAGUGGAGUCUGUUGACAGUUGCAUGUGUGUACAUAUGUAGUGUAACUUCAAAAUCUUUGUUGGUAGUUUUCGUAACUAGUUGGACUACUUUCCAUUUCAUCAUGAGAGGCUAGAUAUCUCAAUAACUUACACAUGUACGUGUUAUGCCCUGCUAUUAGUAGCUUUAUGUUAUGUAGCUUUGGCACCUCCACUGAGGUAUCAGCACCCGCGGUGCUUUCAUAUUGAACUUAUUACUCUAGGAAAUUAUGAUUGGCAAAACACAUACAGAUAUAAUUAUUGUCUCAAUAACAGGCUAUACAUGUAAUAGUUGUACCAUGGAUAUCAAGGGUGUAUUGGAUUUGUACUGCCGAGGGCAGUUCUAUGUAUUCCUCGAGGGAAUACAUACAUGUACAACUGCACGAGGUAGUACAAUCAUAGAUUGAGUAGAGAGGGAUUGGAAACGAGGUACCCUCGAAGUACCAUCCGUGUUUCCCCGCGGUUUUAAUCGAGGCUUAUUUCCAACGUGGGGUCUAAACAUGAAUAAUAAUUCAUGAGAAUUGUUUUUGCUGUCUGUAAAAAGUCCACGAGCAGUUUUGCUUCUAAACAUCAACUUCAUUAAAUACUUGUGGCCAUUUGGGACACAGCACACUACUUAGUGACACAACCUUAGCUAUAUCGUAGUAGCUAAACUGACACAAGCAUGAAAAAUCGCUCUGUGUUAGACUAGCUACUUCAUGACAAUCAAGAUUGUAUUUUCUUCGUUUCCAAAUGAUACUCACCAUCAGGGGGCAUUUGUUUAAGUGCUAGAGGGGUCUUUGAGACGCAUGCAUAGACUCAGUUGAAACACGGAUUGUUUCUGAACUCUACAUAGACUUCAUUGUAAAACAUCACGUGAACCACUUCCGUUACCAAUCCCCUUCUACUCUAUCUAUGGUACAAUAACAGUACACACGCAGAUAUCCAUGGUACAGGUUAGUCUCAUGAAUCAGCCGCCGUUCCUUUGGAACACCGUCUGAGCACUCUUGUCAUCGUUUUAUGUGCCAAGACGGAAUUCCGUCUUGACCAAUCAGAUUGCAGAAGUCCAGUCAGGUGAUGAACUUGGAGGCAGCAAAGAACUGCACUUUGCUCAACGCAUUUGGAUAACCAUUAUGCAUGCAUUACUAAUGGUAAACGCUUCAUACAAAGAAGCUGCUGCGAAGCAUAAGCAAGCCAACCUUGGGCAAGAAUCAGUAGUUUGAUACUCUUCUCUUCUUAUGCACGAAAUUUUCAAGGCACUUAACUUUCAAUAGAAUUACCUAUAUAUAAAACAUAAAUUUCACGCUAUACCUUAUGUCAAUGCACGUUGCAUCCGCUGUUAGCAAUGUUUGUGGAGGACUCUUGAAAACAACACGGUAUACGGUAUAUACGUGUAUAAAUUAUACUACUUGAAGUCAAUUAGUACUAUAUGUUUCUAACUAUAAUUUAUACAACAUGUGUGCUAAAUUUACCAUUGCAUGACUGUAUGAUAUACUGGAAGUUACAUGCACACCGAGGUAUAAUGAAUGUCAAGCAGUAAGUGUACAGAAUUAUAAUGAAUGUCAAAGUAUUAAGUGUA